GAAUUGAACAAGAUGUGUCUUGUCACAAACUAUGAGAUCACAUUGGGCCAUUAGGCACUGCUUUGAGCUAUAAAUUACAGGCACAUUCUUGUUUGGGACGAGAUUUGUUUUUCCACUAAAACCUUUUCAGCACCUAAGAGAAACGUUAUUGCUCGUCAGCUCAGUGAGUUGUCUUUUAUGACUUCUCUUUCCACUUCCAGCAUCUGAAUCUAAACAUGAAGCUGAGUUUCCUCCUUUCAGCCGUGGCCUUGUUCUGCGUCGGAACCCUGGCACAGAACCCCGAGAAUGAAGAAAGGCUACCAUUCCAGAGCAAAGGCAAGGAUGCUUGUGUCAUGAGCCCCAACGGCCAAGGUGAAAUCCGGUUAAAAAUCGAAUGCAAAAACCAAGGCAAGUCAUACUCAUGUGAAUUUGCAGGGAAACCAUCUUACUGUCGCGCCUACAACAGAGAUAAAAAGGGAUUCUGGAAAAAGCUAAGCGAGGAUCUAUCAAAAGUAACCAAUCCAUGCGAUGCACAGGUCAUUAGGCACAGCCUGUGCCCCAAAGCCCCUUCUCAGUCUCAGCUCCGACAAGUUAAUGGAAGCCCACAAUCUGAUACAUCGAAACCUGAAGCCAAGGCACCGGCAACUCAGAAGACAACAACAAAAAAGCCUCCAGUGACCAAGAAACCUGCUGCACCUAAGAAACUGGUAGAAGAACCAGAGAACCCCAAAGCAAUGAAGAUUGCAAAGGAACGCUGCUGGUGGUACUUCCAAAAAUUCUGCUCCUACAUGGUAGAGAUAUUUAUCAGCUAAAGGGGGUGCCCAGGUCCCCAUUGGAAACGCUCAAACUCAAGCUUCUUUCAUGUCACAGUGAGACUGUCCUUGUAAACACCAAUCAUUACCUGAAACGACCGAGCUUUAAAGGCCACUUGUACUGCCCGUUCUUACACAAAAGCCUGAGCUACGACUGACUUUUAUACAUUUGUUUUACACAUUCUCCAGUGAGCUGCUGUACAUAUUAAACCUCAACUCUCUGUCAUCUUUCCACAACUGCCAGUUGCUAAACAGGGACAGUAAUGUGCUUUUUCCUAUAUAUAUAUCACAAAAUGUUAAACAAAAUGCGUAUUUAUAGUAGAGAGAGUCUCCUCAUCAAUUCUGUGUUUUGUUUUAUAAUAAAUGUCAUAAAACACUACUGAACACUUGUUUCUUAUAUCGUCUUAAUAAACGUUUCUUUUUUACUGGAAAA